GAAACUCCCCCCUCGGCCGCAGCGUCCCCUCCUGUCAGCCCUCCCCUCGGCUGGAGAGGGAGGCGGCCUCAGGCUUCUCUUGUGGAGGCCUCGUCGCCCUUGUUAUUCGGGAACGACUUGGAUGGUCCACGGCCUCGGGCAGGAUUGCCAUGUAAGGGGCGCGCUCUGGCUUCUAGUGGGUUGCGACAAAGGCUCUUUGGCUGAAUUCCUGUCGCACAGGUGUUAAAAGGGCAAGAAGUCGUUUAGAGGAAAAGGUGGCACUCCUUCCUCGACCUUUUUUCUUGAACAGUGCAAGUCUAUAAGAUUAUUUAUUCUUCCAAGUGAGCCUUGGAGCGUUUGGCAAACCAAAUGCUAAAGUGUGACAUUUUUAUGCCACCACGCUCAUACCUUCCAGGUUUUGUGCAGUUCAAAAGCAUGUCAAAGUGCAAGUAGAUAAAUAGGUACCGCUCCGGCGGGAAGGUAAACGGCAUUUCUGUGUGCUGCUUUGGUUCGCCAGAAGCGGCUUAGUCAUGCUGGCCACAUGACCCGGAAGCUGUAUGCCGGCUCCCUUGGCCAAUAAAGUGAGAUGAGCGCCGCAACCCCAGAGAAAUUCACGACUGGACCUAAUGGUCAGGGGUCCCUUUACCUAAUAGCUUACAGAAACUUUUUUGUGUAUGUAAACAAUUUAUGAGUAUGUUAGUUCUUCCAGUUCAUCUAAUUUCUUCAUGUGUUUUUCUUCAGGUUAAAUAUACCGGACACUAAUUUUCUUGUACUGGAUACAAUAAAUUGCCAAGAACUGGUAUAUAACUCCAAAAGAAUAAUUGGUAAUUAAGGCUGGCAUCCUGCAUGCAAGUUGCUUAAGUUCCUUUGAAGGGAAUGGGAUUCUGGCUGAAAGCCCAAAUACAUUUAUAAGGGGCAAGUCCAGUCUUGUCCAAAAGCACUUACCAACACACCAGGAGCAAGGAUGAUUUUCAUAUUGAGGGGCCAGAUAACUUUGUGUUGUGAUGGCUUACAGUGUAAUCGCAUGCAGAGUUGGUGCACCUAUGGUAAUUAUUCAUAACACAGCAGCAAGAUGUUUACUUGCUCUGCUUGCAUGUGCUCAAAGACAUUUAUUUGAUAAAAUUAGCAGUUUCUUUACUAGAAAGACAGCCUGCAACUAUUUUAAAUAAAUGUUUAGGUAAAGAUAACGGUGAAGGACCCCUGGACAGUUAAGUCCAGUUGAAUUCAACUAUGGGGUGUGAUGCUCAUCUCUCCUUUCAGGCUGAAGGAUCCGGCGUUUGUCUGCAGACGGCUUUCCCAGGUCAAGUGGCAAGCAUGACUAAACCGCUUCUGGCGCACAGAAGACCAUGAUGAGUGCCAGAGUGUAUCUACUCGUGCUGGUGUGCUUUCAAACUGCUAGGUUGGCAGGAGCUGGGACAAAGGGGGGUUACUCAGAGGUAAAUCCCUUGUGGAACUGAAGUUAGUGAACUCAUUCAAGAAAGUAGUCUAAAAUGACAUGUUAACUAACCGAAACACAUACCGUAGAUAGGAACAGAUAAUAUGGAUUACUUUUCCCUUAGUGUAAUAAUCAUAGAGAGAGGCAUAGGCGCAAACUCCUAGAGGGCAAGGGGUAUUCGGCCACCCCAAUAAAAUAUUUGAGGGGGCCAGCCCUCAAAUGGUGUGCAUGCACUGCAUCAUGUGAUUGAUUACCUCCACCCCCCACAAUAUUUUAUACAAGUUGCCCCCCUGGAGCGAGGGUAGUUAAAUAUUGGUACAAUUGACUUUUUAUGCUUAUACAUAGAAGAGUGAUACAUUUAAGUGUUUGUCUAGAAUCUAGAUCAAUAUUUAUGUAGAACAAUGAUGUAGCAGUUAUUCCUACCUCAUUAAUCUAUGUCAUUAUUUAUUAAAUUUCUACCCCAGCCUUCAUCUCAAAGGACUCCAGGGUGACAAACGCCAAAAUCUUAAAACAAUAAUAGUAAGAGGAUACAAGCUUCUGUAAGUACCAGUACAGAAGAUUAAAGUAUUAUCUAUCUAGUUAGUGAAGAAUCAAAAUAGGACUCUGAAAUAACAAGCUGGGUUAAGGGUUUCCAUAAGUCUGUUAUCUCCAAGGGUAAAACAAAAUCCAGGUGAUUUCUUUUUUACCCUUUGGAUAUCCAAUCUGUGGAUGCUGGUUUGCCAUUUCUGACUGCUGCCUGGGGAGCAAAGCCAAGAGUUGACUGUAGCCAAUCAUUUGCUGUGUUCCAUGAUUUCUCACUUCCCGUAUGGUUUUGCAUUCACCAUUUCCCAUCAGCCUGAAGACAGUUACUGAAAGGGGUGGAAUUCCCAAGAGACCUCCUGUUCUUUCUCUUCUACAGUCUCUGGAUGAGCAGCCCAGCAUUGUGGUUCCCCACUGCGCCCUCUGUUUUCUGCUAGCAGGAUUUCCAGCAGAAUGACAACAAAGCCGCUGCCUGCUCUUGAAAACUGCAUUUGGUAGGGUUGGGGGAAGGAGGGAGAGUUGCUGUUUUCAGGAAAUGAAGCAGGAAGUCUGAUCAAAAACUGCACACACAAAAGGCAGCUUAACUAAAAAGAAGGUAAUAUUUUCCCCUCACCCUCUGAUUAGUUUGGUUUUUAAAUUUCUGAAUUCAGGUUAGUAGGACUAGCUAGGCAUGAAUUUAUAGUGAAAAUGAUUUUUUUGCUCUUUUUAAAAAAAGGAAAAAAUGGAUAUAUAAACAAUAUUAUUUUAAACCAUUUUGGAGUCUGUCCUGUAGCUUGCAUGUUGGAUGACAGGCUGGGAUAUAGGUUAAUGGGAUAUUUUACAUUUCCCCCAGCUUGUGAAUGUUUUCCAGAGGGAUGUGGAUGGCAGUAGGCUUUGAUGGAGUUUAAAAGAUUAACAUAAUCUAUGUAUAUAUGGCUUGCCUAAACAGAAACAGGUCUGACUUCAGCUUUACAUUUUCAUUCAUAUACAAAGGUUUGCAUAUUCUGUUUGAUGCUGAUCUUUUUUUCCAGUGUGUGCACUGGAAAUGGGUGAAAAAUAAACUGAUAUGGCUGUUUCUAAAUUACAAAAUCCUUGCCUGUGUGUGGACCUGUAGUGGAAGUGCUAACUACAAUCAUUGUAGCAAGUACUGCCAGAUGUUUCCUAUUUCAAGGUAUAUACCUUAUUAAAAAUGCUUUGCUUUUGUUUCAGAUUAUCACAAGUCUAUAUAAGAUAAAGGAAGUGAUCUGUUUCGCAAGCUGUUACAAGCUAACUCAUACAAUCAGUUGAGCUAUUGGCCUCAUUCUUUGAUAAACUUUCACUUGUUGACAAUGCUUGAUGUCAAAAAACUGUUUUGCAAUUAAGAGCUAAUUUAUGCCAUGAUUCUAUAUUUUCCUUUUUAGUUCCCUUAGAAAAUGGGUUACACCUUAUGGCAAAAGAUGGUCUGAAUUAUUUGUUGUAAACACAAAACUCAUGUUUCCACUCUAUUGCAAACCUUCCUAAUAGGAGUUGAAUAACAGUAUGCCAAAUCACAAUUUGUACUUGAGACAAAUGGCCCCAGUUUGGGACAAAUGGCCCCAGACAAAUCUACCAGGGUGCUUGGAGAAAUCAGGGGACAAUUUUAUUGUUAAAGAACUGGCAUAAAACUUUUUGUACAGUGUUUAAAAGAGAAUACAGGAAAACAUGCAAGCCCACAUUCCCCACAAGAUUUCAGGGAUUUAGCAAUAGAGACCUUGAUCCAGCUCCAGUUGCGAGGAACUAGUUGCGUGAUUGGCCCUGGGUAGGGACGUGCAUUAACUAUGUGUACAGAAGGCUGUUUAUUUUCAUGCAGUUUGUUUCUAAUACUCUGGUUAUGUUUACAUCUCAGUCUCCACACAUACAUACCCCACUGUUCCAAUGCCUGUAGCUCUGAGAGCUGAUUAAAUUUUGUAUAAAAGACAGCUGAAUUCUUAUGAGAUGAAGCAUUUAUGGAUCCAAGAAUGGUGGUGCUGUGCCAGAACUGACAAUGCCUGUCUGUAUCUGGUCAUAAAUAUAUAGCAUCGUAUCUCUUAGUUCUUUAUUUGGAUGUUGUUCUGUGCCAUACUCUUUGCUGGUUUGCAAAGAAUUCAUAGCAAGUAUUUAAUUAUGUCAAUGUAAGCUGUAUCUCACAGCAAUUUCACACUUUGUGGCAGCUGGGUAGUGUUUUCCUCAGUACACAUGUAAAGUGUGAAGGUCAGGCACCUCUAAAAAUGAGACGUGACUCUUAGAUAGUACAACUCAUGGCAUUCUGGGAAUGUUAUCAGGCUUCUGUAAUUCUGGCUUGCACAUAAUUUGCAACUUGCAGGAAGAGACAUAUAUCAUCAUGAUUAGCAUUUUAGUUAUGAAGGCCAGGAUGGAUUCUAUAAUGUAAAUGGAAUGCACUUGAUUAUAAGGCUGAGCACUCUCAAGAUGGGACAGGCAUGGACUUCUUGUUGCCUCUCCCAGCUUGUGUGCAUGGCCUGCUGAUCUCCCUCACCCUGUCACUGUGUGCUGACAUCAUGUGCUGUGAUUAGAAAGACUACUGGAGGGAAACAAACAUGGCCACACAUCCUUUAAACAGUUGCCAUGUUUGUUACUCUGUGGUAAUUGAAUGCAGAUGAUACAUUUAACCAGGUUCAUGUAUUUGGAUCUAAUGAGAGUCAAUUUAAAAGGUACUCAGAUCUGUGGAAACCUGACAAAUGAUUUUGCCACCUUAACCUAGAUGGGUGUGUGUGUGUGUUUGCCUAUAUUGUGCUAUGUACAUUUUUUAAAUAUAUCACUGGGAUGGUUCUAGGUUUUUCUGUGCUGUAACAGAAACCAGGACAGUUGGAGGAGGGAGGCUAUUUCAGGGAGCUGCAGCAUCCCUUCUGAGGUAAUCCUCAGACUGGGGGAGGGGGAGGCUUUUGUAGGUGCUUUGCUGGGAGGGCAUUUUUUAAAAGCUGCAAAGCUCAGUGAGGGAAGAGGAUUAGUGUGAGAGAGCGAGUGAGCUGCUGGCUGGUUUUACUAGGAUCAUCCAUCUGCUCUGUGCUUUGGGCAUAUUGAAGUGGGCAGUCUCACUUUGCUUUCCUCAUCUCCUCCUCAGCUGUGUGAUUAGGGCCCUGCGCAUCUGUAAUUAUCCAGCCAGACUGCAAAGCCGCUUGCCACACUUUACAGCACUCCAGGCCACCUCCACACCGUGGAGCAAUGGCGCUCCGGACUGUGCUAGAGACUGUCGAAAGUGGGGAGCAAGAUACUAUUCUCAAGGUGCUGCAGAUCUACAACCAGGAGGUGAGUAUUCAUUGGAAAUUGUUUGGCUGAUGUCAGUCGGAAGGAUCAGCUGGAGAAUCUGUGCUGGUGCUUUGGUGCCGUUCCCCAUAAGCUGCCUUCAGUUUUAUCUGCCUGCAUUGCUUCAACAAAAUGUUGUUAACCUCUGCAAGCAAGUAUCUUUUUUGCCUUUGCAAAAAGUAGGUCUUUUGCAUAUUGAUUGUUUGUGACUGCACUCUCCCUUUUUUCCUGUAUGUAAUGGGGGGCUUGUGCUGCUUUGGCCAGAGUCAGACGUGUUGGAAAAAUCGAUGUUAGCAGUGAAGGACGGAUUUUGGAGAGCAGAAGGGAAAGGAGGAGCUUUAUGUGGCAAGCAGAUGUGUGGUAUUAACAAACAGGCAGCCCCAGGAGGAGCUGUAUGUGGAAUAGAACUACUGUGCGGUGUGCAAUUUUAGAUAAUUAAAAAAUCUCUUAAUGAAGGGAUUGCCAUAGAUAUGGCAUUUGAAAACUGAUGGGGAAGAGAGGAAAAACAAUGAACAUGGUGAGAACAAGCAGUCUAAGGCACUAACCAUUAGAUUUGUUUCAAAAUGACACAAGAACCAGAUACUUCAAUGAUAAUCAUAUCUGAGAACUUGGAAUCAAGCUCCUGUGAAUGUGUCAUUAAUUUACAGGCAGAUGCAUCAGGAAUACUUUUGGUUUACAUAUCUAUGUGACUCCCCUUGUGGUAGACCUUCAAACUAGGUGGGAAAUAAGCAAAGCUGCACAUUUUAUAUGUAGCAUAAAUUGUAUUUCCUCAGAGGAAAAAUAAAUGAGUUGGCAAACUGCAUGUAUUUAUUUGCAUAUGAAAUCGUCUUACACUGUGUCAGAUCAUUGGUCUUUAAUCCAGCAUUUGUUUACUUCAGCUCACAACGAGUCCUCGACCAGAGGUCUUUCCAAGUCCUGACCUGAGAUGCUUUUUAAUUAGAGAUGCUGGGAAAUGAACCUGGGAACUUUUGCAUUAAGAGCUUGUGCUCCACUGCUGAGCCUUCCCCUUGUUUUGCUGUGGCAAAGAUUCCAGUUGUAGCAAUGACAACAUGAAUAAAACAGAGACUGGUAGAUAAAAUAUCAGCUUCAUUAGCAGAGAAAAAGGUUUAAACCUUUAGAACUCCGUUCAGGAUAUAUGUGUAUGUACUGUAUGGAUGCAUUUGUAGGCGAUUUUGGAUAGAGAAAAUCAAUAUUCUACCUGGAAGCUUAGAGAACAAGAGCUUUGUAAACAGAAAGGCCACCUUUUGGUGUUUCUCCAUCAGUGUUUGGAAGAGCGACUGCCAUUCUCUGAGCACCCAGAAAUGCUUCACUGUUGUCUCUCAGUAUGGAAAUAGUUUAAUGCUGAGAUAUUUUAAGAAUUCAUGAGAGGGAACUCCAUAAGAGGAAGCACAGCAGAUAAAGCAAAAGUCAUGCUUACCAAAAACUUCUUAGUUUUUACCAAAAAAAAAUCUUAGGCAUGGUGACAGAAGAAUAUAAAAGCUAUACACCUAACAGUGACAUUUGUGCUCCACUUCUCAGCUGUCAUUGCCAAGCAGCUACCAGUGAAUCGAGUGCAGCUAGUAGGCUUAUUCAACAACUGAGGGAACAAUUAUGUGAAUUUCAUUUUUCUUUUUCUUAAUGAUGUUUGCAUAUAAAUCAGACAGUAUAUGAAGCAGCAGCAAAGGCUAUAGAACUUUGUUUCUUCGACAUGAGUGAUCUCUGUUUGAUGUUGAGAAGGAAUACUUGGGAGAAUAUGAACCCAGAACCAAGAUAUUGCUAGGAGUUUUUGAACGGUAGUGUGGGAAACCCAUGAGAUCCUUGGAAACUUAUUAGGAAUCCUGCAAUCAGAAGAUCAAGAAUGGUGGGCAAGCUUUCCUGAAGAAUGGCUUGCCAACCAUUGCUGAUCUUCCAUUGCAAUGUAAAACUGAAGGGAUGCAUUAGUGUGUUCUAGAGUGUGUUUUUAAUUCCCACAGGGCAAUGAUGAGAUCCAGUAGGCUGUCUUAGAGCACUGCAUGAAUGGACUGCCCAUCUUAGGACAUGCAUCAUAAUAUUCUACAUUGUAGGGGUUUCCCUUCAGCAAAAUUAACAUGGGUUUCCCUGAAAGUAGACAAUUUGAAAACUACAGUCAUAAUCAACAUGGCUACUCAGGUGGUAAUAGGCCAUUCUUCCUGUAUCUCUCCCUCCUCCUUACCCCAGCAAAACAAGAUGGUACAAAAUAUGGUUUAGUUCUUUGUCUGCAAUAGCAAACAGUGUAUGAUUCAAUGGGCAGGGCUGUCUUUCAGAGAAGCUUGCCCAUCAUUACCAAUACAGAGGUACCUAAGGUUACAAACACCUCGGGUUACAAACACUUUGGGUUACAGACUCUACUAACCCGGAAGUAGUACAGUAGUACCUCGGGUUAAGAACUUUGCCCCAGGAUGAGAACAGAAAUCGCACGCCGGUGGCAGUGGGGCUGCAGGAGGCCCCAUUAGCUAAAGUGGUACCUCAGGUUAAGAACAGUUUCAGGUUAAGAACGGACCUCUGGAAUGAACCUCCAGAACGAAUUAAGUUCAUAACCAGAGGUACCACUGUAUUCUCAUUGAUAAUGUUGUUCUUCAUCCUCCCCUCCCCGCCCCCAUAUCUUCCCACGUGGAAUGUGAGCCACUCUGAGGACUCCAGUCCAAAAGUGAAAUACAUAUCUAAUAAAUUAAAACUAUUGUAGAUCCCUUGAUAGGUUUUCAAGGAACCUCAGAGUACCAUAGAACAGAGUUUCAGAAACCAUUGCUGCUGCUAAUAAAACAUAUUGCAAGAUCUGAAGCAUAAGGCCUCCUGAUCAUUAAAGAAAUCCUCUUCAUACAGCCAAAAUGUGUUGUUAAAUCAUUCCUAAAUUUGGAAUCUUAGUAUUCCAUUUCAUUUCUAUAUGAUAGGAUUGAGAGAGGUGAACAUGAUUUUGGAAAGUGCAUAGAUGAGUGUGAACAAGACCUGUCAACAGUGAUUUGCCUGUGUCUGUUUGAGAAUCAUCUUCAUAUAUAGCAAAAGUGAAUUUGCUAAAAAAAAUUACAUUGUGAUUAUGAAAUGUUUACAUAGUAGUGUAAAAUUAAAAAAGAAUCUAGAAGACUUUAAAAAGCAAAUGGACUCGAAUUUUGGGUCUUUAUUUACAAUUUCCCAUGUGUUCUUCCUUCAGGAAAGCUGGCUGGGCUGUGUGAACUGUCUUGUACUGAGGAUUGCCCUUGAAUGUAGUAAUCUUUUGAGUGGUAGUUGACAAUUCAGGUUAGAGCCCUGUGUGCUCCCCUAACACUUCAUUGUGGAAAAAAUGUCACUAUCUACCCUCACUUAAAAUGAUUGUAAGGUUAUCUCAGGACAGUUAAUUUCAGUAGAACAAGAUGUGGAGAGUGUAGGACUGCAUUAAAGAUUUUAGAUUCAUACAGUGUAAAUGGAAGAAAAAAACCAUAGUGGUAUGAGAUGAAGCUGUCUACCUGCCUUACCAUAACAAUUAAUCUUUUGCUGAUGUUUGGAUGUCUCGGUAUCCUGGUACCUCAAGACUGAAUAGGUAUGCUUUGAAAUGACCCAAUGAAUUUAAUUCAAAGUUUCCAACUUUUUAAGUAUGUAUAGCAUACUUUAAAAAUGGACUCUAGAUAUUUUCAGUGCCCAGUGUCUCUAAUUCUGUGUAGGAUUUAAUGUGACCCUUACUGGUCACGCCUAACAUGCUAGGUUCUGUACAUUCUAGUUUAUUAAGCUCCUUAUAAUGAAACAAAUCAUGUAACAUACUUUUGAACAUUAUGAUCAGUAGUGGCUAGCUAGGGAUUUGCAUAAGUGACAUAUAUACACAUUCCAAAAUCUUGGACCAUAACUAGGCUUGUUUGUGGGAGCAUCCCUUGAGCAGAGUUCCUCUUUUGCUGGCAGGAGCAUCUCAUGAAUGGGCAAUGGAACUUUCCUCACUUUCCCCCUGCAGUCCCUUAUGCCUUACAAAAUCUGCUCUAGAAGGUUGGAAGACUCUCCAGAGAAGCAUGAGAGAGAGUGCAGGGGGUUGCAGCAGGAAGGGAGAAUUAGAGAAAAUUGCCUCUUCCGUCUUCCAUGUUGCAGACUCAUAAGAAUUUUUACUCAAAUAGAAAUUGGCUACAAUAAUAUAUUGAAACUUCUUGUUCCAAAGUCAAGAGAAACUAAUUAGAUUGUCAUUUUCUCGUGAAGACAUCAGAAUGGAGAACCGGUUUUUUUGUGUUGUUCAAAUGAGCACAUCCUCAAUGGCUUCAAAGGGCUUUCCAGAUGCAAGUACUUUAAGGACUGCACCCCAAAGUUGCUUUGUUUUGCGUCUUAUAUUACUUCAGAAUUGCAUCCUAUGUAUCUUUUGAUGUUUUCUUCAGCAUAGCCUUAUAUGAAACAGUAGAAUUGUUCAGAGCUGCACAGUUUCCUUAUACAGUGGUACCUCGGGUUAAGAACUUAAUUCAUUCUGGAGGUCCGUUCUUAACCUGAAACUGUUCUUAACCUGAAGCACCACUUUAGCUAAUGAGGCCUCCCGCUGCCGCCACACCACUGAAGCACGAUUUCUGUUCUCAUCCAGAAGCAAAGUUCUUAACCCGAGGUACUAUUUCUGGGUUAGCGGAGUCUGUAACCUGAAGCGUCUGUAACCUGAGGUACCACUGUAUCAUAGCUUUCAUAUGCUCCUCAGUAUGAAUUUACCAGUUUAAGCAUGUUUCUUGCUUAACUUCUCACUGCUUUAUAGUGUUCACUGGAGUUGCAUGCUGUAGGACUAGGUGUUCAAAAGAAAUCAGUUGAUUAUCACUUGCUUUAAAAUUCCUCUCGCGCUUUUAGAAUAAGUUUAUUUUCUUAGUACAUAUCUGUUGUCUCUGUUUCAUCUCAGAAAUCACAGUGUUUCACCUUUGAAGAUGAGGAACAGGAAGAAAGGAGGGUAAGUACUUAUUUUCUUAUUUUGCUUACUCCAUCAGGAUCACUGAGGCUGUGAGAUGGUGACUUGCCCUUGACAUUGAAAGCACUGAAUUCCUCCUACAUGCAUGGAAGCUUUUACUUCUGAACAAAAGUGUCUAGUUCAAAACCAUGCUUCAUGUAUAUUAUGGUCCUCAAGAAGUAUGAAAUCAUCCUGGUAGCAGCUAGAGGCUGAUGGUGCUGAUUCAUAAAACCACAUGCUGGUUAAGAAGCAGAGUACAGUUUGAUAGUGAGGCACCUGUUGCAUUCAGGUCCCACUUCUUUUGUUAACCCCCCCCCCCCUGCCAGUCUUGGAGCCGUGAGAUGAGUAGCAAAUAAUCUACUUGACUAGUGGUUGUGUGAUGUGCUUAUACAGAAAGGCCUUUCUAUGAGGAGGCACAAUCACAAUAAAUAAUGGGAGCUCAGUUCCCUCAUGAAGUUUCCUUGAUGAGGCAGCAGUGCUAAGCCAAUUACAUCAAACCAUAAGUCCUGUAAAGCUGUAGCAUUUGUGAUCCUUCUAUAUCAACAUUUCUGUUGAUAUAGGUCUAAAAGGUCUAUUUAAAAUACUAUAGUUAACUUUUAUUUAACUUAAAAUAAUAUGAACAAUUACUAAUGAUAAGUAUAACCAAUCUUAUUAAUACUAUUAUGAUAGAUAGGUAAUUAUUUGAUUAUUAAACAUUUAUUUAACUAUUUUAGAUAAUAAAAAGUACUGUUGCUGUUUUUAACGGGCAGUUUUAUUAACGUGUUUUUUACCUGCUUGCUUUAUAGGUGGUAAUUUAUGUGUAUGGGAUUGUUUUAUGUUGUAUUUUUAUCUUGUUAUUGGGCAACUUGGGGGUCAUUAUGUGGAAAGGCAUGAUAUAAAUUUAAUAAAUAGGGUCACACAUUGGCAAGCACAUUUUCAGUAGGUGCACCAGCCAGUAUAAUUUUAUCUGUUCAAGGAAGCUUCCUUGAGUUUUACUGCAUAGCCAAAUUGCAGAAAGAAAAGGGGAAUCAUCCAAGAUGUAACUGCAUACAGUGACUAUGCAGAUAUCUUUAUCACAUUCACUUUCGGGGCAGAAAGCUACUGUGACUUGUUCUCUUCUCCUACCCCACCCCCCAGCUGUUUUCAAUUUCUCUUCUCUGGAUUUGAACUCUGACAGAAAUAAGCCACCAGUCUUUGAGGAGAACGGUAGUUCUUUGCAUAAACAGUCCUGUUCACUAGCAUCAGUUUAAACAAGUGUUUGCUGAUAAUGCUCCAAAAAUAGAUACCUCUGUACCUUUACUGAAUUUGGAUUAAAUUGUCCCAUAGUCUGCUGCAGAAAGGGAUGCGGGUGGCGCUGUGGGUUAAACCACAGAACCUAGGGCUUGCCGAUCAGAAGGUCGACGAUUUGAAUCUCCUCAACGGGGUGAACUCCCGUUGCUCAGUCCCUGCUCCUGCCAACCUAGCAGUUCGAAAGCACGAAGUGCAAGUAGAUAAAUAGGUACCGUUCUGGCAGGAAGGUAAACAGCGUUUCCGUGCGCUGCUCUGGUUCGCCAGAAGUGGCUUAGUCAUGCUGGCCACAUGACCCGGAAGCUGUACGCUGGUUCCCUCAGCCAGUAAAGCGAGAUGAGUGCCACAACCCCCGAGUCGUCCACGACUGGACCUAGUGGUCAGGCGUCCCUUUACCUUACCUGCUGCAGAAUAAAAGGAUACAAAGAGAAGACGAGAGAGAGAGAGAGAGAGAGAGAGUACCUAUGAAACUACAAAUGUGCCUAUUUUUAAAUACUGUAUCUGUUUUCACUGAAGCUCCACCAUGGCUCUCCUCCACUCACUUUUGCAUCAUUUUGCUGCUUUAUUGUGGCCUGCAGAAAGCAAAGAACUACCUAUCACUAAAACCAAUGAGGGUGUGUGUAUAGAAAGUGGAAUCCUCUUAAGGAUCAGUUUUAAACCUGCUUUUUUUAACUUGCUCAUUAAUGACCUAGACUUAGAAUUUUGCCGACAAUGGCAGAGGUUUUGAGAGGAGUCCCAAAGGCAUAUCUGCAAAUUGCAGGGAACUUGUCAUUAAAACUGCAAAUGCAGUUGCUGCUGCUGCUGUUUUUAUUAUUAAAUUCUUAACCUGCCCAAUAUAAGCAAGUGUAUAUCAGUGCACAUUUGGGCAAAAAAAGCCUCAUUUAUUUUAACUAUAUUUAUUUAUUUAAAAAUUAUAAACUGUUCUACAUUCAAAUAAUAAGUGGUACAGUAUAUUAACAUGUGUCACAGAUGUACUAAUGGGAUCCAAACUGGCAGUGACUGACCAAGAUGGAUAUGGCACGAGGCAGUGGAUGGGUUGUGCAGGUUUGAGGUACAACAUAGCUCGUUGAACCUGUGCAAUCCACUAGCGCAGACAUAAUUUUCUUUCUUCACAUAGACAUUUAUUGCUUCACUACUAGUUUUCUUCUCCCACCCCCCACCUCUGUAAUGCUUCAGAAACUGGCUGCGCUUCUGAUCAAGUUUCUGGAGAGGGUGCUGCAGCCAUCCUGCCAGGUCACCUGUUUGGAAAGCAUACGGAUCCUGUCCCGAGACAAAAGCUGCCUUGGCCCUUUCACAACCAUGGAAGGCCUGAAGACGCUGGCCAGGCACGCGGGGAUUGAUUACGCAGAAGAGCAGAUUCUGGAGGUUCCAGACCUUGAAGUGAUCCUGGAGGCGCUGAAGUGUCUCUGCAACAUUGUCUUCAGCAGUCCCCGGGCUCAGGAGCUGACCUCCGAAGCCCGGUUCGUGGUGGGCCUCACAGACCGCAUCAAACUCUACAACGAGAGAAACCUCCCGCACGAUAUAAAGUUCUUUGACUUGCGCCUUCUCUUCUUGCUGACGGCAUUGAGGGUGGACAUCCGGCAGCAGCUUGCGCAGGAGCUCCGUGGGAUCGGUCUGAUGACAGAUACCUUGGAACUGACCCUGGGAGUCAAGUGGCUAGACCCUCACGAGGUAGCUGCUGAGGGGAACCCUUCUGCUCCUUUACCUCGGCAGGAGGUGGAGCGUGCCAUGGAGAUCCUGAAAGUGCUCUUCAAUAUCACAUUUGACACCAGCAAGAGGGAGGUAGAUGAGGUAAGACACUCAGAGGGAGCUUUUCGUAGCUCAAUUUUGUGAUGUAUUUCUGUUUUUAUGUACCUGUUUCUUUCAUCCAUGAUUCCUGUGCUUAUAGACACCAUUUAAGAAAGGAAGGGGGCAAGUUGCCUUAGUUCACCCCACCCCCCUGCAUUUCUGACUUGUUCUGUGGGAGCACCUAUAUAUUUGGUCAAUUCUGCUCAUGCCCACUGGCUGACUCUUGUUAUAAACAGGCCUAUUUAUCAACAUACAAAAGCACAAAUUCCUGCACACUCGAAGCCAAUAAAAAAGAAAGGCUAAAUGAAUGAAAACAUUCAUUUCUAAAAUGUGUUUACUUCCACAGUCCUGAUCUAAAACAUAGUAAAAUCAGAUAUUUUACAAUCUGUUGGAAUCUAUUUUUCAGCAAUGCAUGGCAACUCAAGAAAGAAAGCCUAGUAUUGUGGGUGUUGAGGUGUAAGCAGCAGUGUUGGCAGUGUCUGUUUACUAACUAAAUGUGGAUGAAAACCUAGCAGAUCAAGCUAUUUAAAAAUCCAGAGUCUCUCUCACUUUCUGGAUUAGUAAUGAACUGUGAGCUCAGGGAGACUUGUGAAGGAUAUAAUUCCUGCGUGUAUAUUUUAUACUAUUUAUUUAUUUCAUCAAAUUAUAUACAGUGGUACCUCUGGUUACGUACUUAAUUCAUUCCAGAGGUCUGUUCUUAACCUGAAACUGUUCUUAACCUGAAGCACCACUUUAGCUAAUGGGGCCUCCCGCUGUGCUGCCGCCGCUGUUCUCAUCCUGAAGCAAAGUUCUUAACCGGAGGUUACUAUUUCUGGGUUAGCGGAGUCUGUAACUUGAAGCGUAUGUAACCUGAAGUGUAUGUAACCUGAGGUACCACUGUACUGCUUGAUUGUAGAAAUCCUCAACAAAAUUACUUUUGGUUUUCUGCUCUGAUAUUUUAUGAUGUGAGUUUAUAAACCUUUAAAAAUAUAAAUAAAUGAAACAUGAAGCAGCAGAAGAGAGGGUAAAGUGUGGCAGAAGAAAUAUAGAUACCUCUGUAGGGAAACAAUAUUUGCAUCUGGAGUUCUGCAUUAAGAAAAUAUUCCAGAUUCAGCAACCAGACAAUCCAAAUUCCAUGACUGGAUUAAAAAAAAUUUUUUUUUGCAAUUUGCCUUGUUUGUGUAUGUAUAAAUUAAUUAAUUUAAUUUAACCGUUAUAUUCUUGCUGCCUAAUUUAAUUGUUGUUUUGCAUAAUUUUACAUUGUGGGGAAAGAGAAGGAAGAAUGCAGCUUAGAAAAAAAUGUGGGAGCAUAAUCAAGACACCCAGAGAGAAGGAUAAGGGGUCAAGGGAAGAAAGAAAUGCUGAAUGAAGGAGUCUCGUACUACUUCAUUCAGCCCUACUUUGGUUACUAUUCCCACAUUUCUCCACAAAACGGUGCCAGGAACUCUCUGUUAAGGGCUGUAUUCUGAGCAGGGUACUUCAGCGAUGCACAUUUUUAGUUUCCUUGGGCACAGUUUUUCUUUGGACUAGAAUUCCAUUCCAUUUUGAGAACGUACUGUAAAGCGUAGCUUUUUGCAACCAACAGACUGUGCACAAGAGAGAGAUGUUCCUUUCUCAUAAUCAGGCUUUUCAUUGUGUUUUGGGGCCAGGAAGAUGCUGCUCUGUACCGACGCCUGGGUGCCCUCCUCCGUCACUGCCUGAUGAUUUCAGCAGAUGGUGAAGAUCGGACAGAAGAAUUUCACAGGUGAUUAUCCUGGUGAAAAGCUUGGAUUGGCUGGGAAAACAAAAAACAUUAUCGUGACCGCCAUACAGCUUGGGUAUUCAAGAAUCUGGGGGUCAGGUCUAUUUGACACAGUUAGUACCUAAGAACUUUAGUUGCUGAUACUGAUUGAUAUAGUGCUACCUGCACUUCUGUAUGGGGGGGCGGGGGAGCGUGCCACAUCGGGUACUAUUUGGAGAAUGGGUGCCAUUGUGGCUGCCCCCGGGGACACGCAACCCUGGGAUGUGCACCACGCCCCCGCAGGCAACGCGCCACGCCCCCGGGACACGCACCAGCCAUGCCCACACCUGUUCUCCGCUUCAGGGGCUGCCACAUGUUGCUUCGCCACUGGCUACUGGUGGUUGUUGUUGAAGAUGAUAUAGUACAUGGCACUUUAUAAAGAAUUAGUUUGAUAUAAUCUAAAAAUGGACAUCAGAAAACAGCAAAGGAAGGGAAGAGAAAAUUGAGGCAGUACAUGGGAGAAGUAAAUGCUAUUGUUAAAUGUUCUCAGGAGUGUUUAUAGUCUUGUCACGAUGCCAAGGCAAGGAUAGUUCUGGGUCUUGUUCCCGUGGUGCUUGAAAAUGGAAAUUAACUAGAUCUUUGUCAGGUUUUAAACAACAAAACAAAAUGAUUCCUUGCUGGUGUGGAGGCUACUUCCUUUGCAUAUUUUGUCUUGCAUUGCAUGUUCAGCCACACAGUCAACCUUCUGGGCAAUCUGCCUCUCAAGUGUCUGGAUGUCCUGCUGGCCCCCAAGGUGCACCCGGGCUCGCUUGAAUAUAUGGGAGUCAACAUGGAUGCUGUCAAUGUUCUGCUGGAUUUCCUUGACCGACGUCUUGACAGGGUGGGUGAAAAGUUCCUCAUUGCCUCACACCCACAUUUACUUCAGAUUCUUUUCAUGCAGCCAAUGAAAUACACUGUAAUAUUUCUUAGAGAGGAAGGGGGAACUACAGAGUGUUACAGGUUUUGGUGCGUACCCUGAAUUUCUUAUACCAUAAAGUUUCAUCUGAGAAAAGGGAUGGGUUAUAAGGUAUAUCUACUCCAUGGGUGGAGCCAGGAUUUAUUUUUUGUGGGGGGAGAGACUUUUUGUGGGGGGUCGUGACAGAACAGAUAUAUCUGCAAUGCAAUUGGUCAGUUAGUUAAGUAUUUCUAUUUAUUUAUUUACUUCAUUGGGGAGGGCAGCUGCCCCCCUCACCUCUCUGGCUAUGCCUAUGAUCUACUCCAGGCAUCCCCAACCUGCGGCCCUCCAGAUGUUUUGGCCUACAACUCCCAUGUUCCCUAGCUAACAGGACCAGUGGUCAGGGAUGAUGGGAAUUGUAGUCCAAAACAUCUGGAGGGCCGAAGGUUGGGGGUGCCUGAUCUACUCUGAUGAUUUAUUAUGUUGCCUGCAGCUGAGCUGCCAUUUACCUGCUCUGUUUCAGAGAAAGGAAACUAGUGUUUUUAGAUCCUUCCAUAAAAAAAAUUGUACUCUGGUGUAUUUUUUCCCUACAUGGGAAACAACAUGGCUGUGAUUAUUAUUACCACCUUCUUUUUUGUGGGCUCUUCUAUAGGGUCACAAGCUUAAGGAGAGCCUGACCCCUGUGCUGAACUUGCUGACUGAGAGUGCUCGAGCCCAUCGGCAGACCAGGAAAUUCCUUAAAGCUAAGGUACUGUAUUUAAAUUACGUAGGAUCCUAAGCAAUAAUGCUUCCAUUGAUCCAGCAAAAAUGUAAGGCAAGUCCCACCCAUGCCAUCAUUCUGGAAAUAUAUACUGUAGAAAUACUGAAAUUGUCACCUAAGGUUGUGUGUGAUCCUAUCGUUUUGAAAAAUGCUUUGAAUCCCUUGCUAUGAGUGUGAGUGGGCAUGUGUCUGCCUAAUGUAAAAGUGGCAAAAGUCACCAUGAUGGUUUCUGCAAAGAUGUAGUGGCACUUUUGGAGCAAUAUUUACAGGGCCUUAUGAAAACCAACGUAAUAGGAAGGCCUUUUAAAAUAACUCUUCCCUUUCCAUGGGAUUGCAGGUACUCCCUCCACUGCGGGAUGUGAAAAAUAGACCGGAGGUGGGGAACUUGUUGAGAAAUAAGCUUGUGCGCCUCAUGACUCACAUUGACACUGAUGUCAAGCACUGUGCUGCGGAAUUCCUCUUUGUUCUCUGCAAGGAGAGUGGUGUGUGCCUUUCCAUGUUCUAUUUCAUCUAGUGAAGGUUGUCUUGUAACAUUGUAUGUCUGACAUUGUAUGUUACAAUGUCUUGUAACAUUGACUGUCUGAAAACGCAAUUGAGUGAAUAGACUGAUCCAUCCAACUUCGUAACUGCUGAAAGACUCAUAGCACUGGGGUAGACAGACAGAAUAUGUUUUAAUGGUGGCUUGGCUGCUAAGAGCUGAGGCAAUUCACUUAUGAGUCAUAAGGCAAAAUUACAUAUUGCCUGGGUAAGGGUGGAAUGAAACAGAACCAAAUAAUUCACCCUAAACAUUCACUGACUAGAGAUACACUUAGGAAAGAAAAAUAUUUGUUGUAAAAAGGGAGGGAAUUCCAAACUUAAGCUUUGAUAGCCACAUACUUACAUAUUCUCUCUCAAGUUCAAUCAAAGGGCCUCGCUUCACAAUUAGAUCACUCUUUUUGCUGAAUGUUAGGACAAUGGCAACAGUUUUCCCUAUUUUUCCUUUGCAAAGUGACUGUUUCCCUCCAAAUACAUGCACCAGCCCAUAGAUGCCUACAACCAGUCCCAUAUGACAUUUCACACAUUUCUUCUAGUGUGGAUAUUAUAUUUGCUUGAGGUAAAAGCAAUACAAAUAUCUUUAACGGUCAAAGAAGCUGGGUUCCCUGCUGCUACAGGGGUAAGGGGAUUCCCUGGGCCUGUACAGCAGGUGGAGAGUGAGAAGCAAAAGAGGUGAAGUGAAGCAGCUCUGAAUGUGACAGACUUGAGAGGCUUGCAAGAAAUCAUUUCCUUGAAAGGUGGUCCGAUAAGCAAGAGUCAGUUUUAUGAUCAUUUGAAUUCAGCAGUCUUUUCCAGAUUGUUUUUGCAGCAGCAGAAGAAUAUGACCCUUUUGCCUUUAUUUUCCUCAACAGUGUCACGGUUUGUGAAGUACACGGGAUAUGGGAAUGCUGCGGGGCUCCUGGCAGCCCGAGGCCUCAUGACAGGAGGUCGGACAGAAGGAGAAUACUCUGAGGAUGAAGACACUGAUACAGAGGAAUACAAGGAGGCAAAACCCAAGUAUGGACCCCCUUGUAUGCAUUGCUUCCUUAAGUAUUGCCUUUUCUUCUACUUUUGGCACAAGUCCUUUUCUUGUUAACUUUUCCUCACUCAACCCAUUACUCUUUUUUUCUUUCCAACGUUCUUAUUGGCAUGAUGUUCAUUUCCUUGUGUUUAAUACUGUGGUUAUCUGCUUCCAUGCCUAAUGGCCUUAUUCACUGCCUGCCACAUCUUCACAGUUGCAUGUCUACACCAACAGCUUUCCCCUAUAAUCUGCUGCAGAGAAUCACAAACCUUUGUUUUGAACUCCAUUUAUAGGUGGCUGUAUGUACGAAAGCUUCUCUGUCAUGAAAGAGGUUCUGACUCCUCCCCACUCCCAUUUAUCUUGGUUGCUUUCUCUCUUCCUAUCCCUUGUCCCGUUCCUCCCAUCCCCUUCAUUAGCAGAUGAUUCUCCCUUCUAUUCCAAAUAUAUACAGAAUUUCCAUCAUUCACGAUUAAAUCCAUCUUGCGGAUUUCUUUGGUUAACUGUUUUAUUAGCACAAACUUCACAAUCCCAUGUCAAUGUUCUUUCCUUCUGCUACCCCUUCCCAUUUUCUCCUGCUCAUCAUUUAUAUUGUGAUACAUGUGAAUGCAUUUGCACAUAUAGAAAAUUUAUUAAAGUAGGGACUAUUGAAAUUCAGAGGAGGGAGAAGUGAACAUUACUGGGAAAGGGGUGAAGAUUAGAACCUGGACAAUGAGAGGGAUAAGAUUGAACUGAACUGAGUAAAGAGUGCUAUUCUGGACACUUUGGGGAUAGAGACACAAAAGCACCUUGUAUUCUCAUGUUAAAGGUGUAUGUCUGUAAUAGGCAUGUGAAUUAAAGCACUAGAUUGCUGGACUGCUAACCUCCUCCUCUUCCCCUGCUUCCACAAUAACCAGUCCCAAUGGGCAUCAAAACUGCCAUGCAUGUCAGUAGGGGGAUUGCCACAGAAUCCUGUGCCAUUUUCAAUUUUUUAGUAGUAUUUGGUUUUAGGUAGCAUGUAGUGCUGAAGAAUGUUUGCUACAUCUCUGGUACAGUCAACAGUCAUUAUGCCAGUGGUCAGUAUAUCUGCUUUUUAAAUGAACAUGCUUCUGCCUUCUUUCUGUGUGUUGUUGUUUUGACUGACUCGUACAGCAUUAACCCUAUAACGGGACGUGUGGAGGAGAAACUUCCCAACCCAAUGGAGGGGAUGACAGAUGAGCAGAAAGAGGUUGAAGCAAUGAAACUGGUGAACAUGUUUGACAAACUCUCAAGGUACCAUGAGAUAGAUUUAUCUGGAAGUGGGUCAGCAGUUUGAAGAGCAGGCUAAAAGAGGUCAACCAGUUAAAAUCAAAGGUUCUGAAAUUCCAAGCUCAUUGUGACUUCAAACGAAUAAUUUCUGAAUUGUUGAAUUACAUUUGACCUCUUUUAUCCUCCAAAUCAUUGGACUGUCUUAGAUUGUGAGCUCCUAGGAAAGAGGACUAUUAACAUCAAGAAAGGCCAUUGAAAACAGCCAUGAGCCUGUUAGGUAGCACAGGAUAUCAAUAUGAUUUUGUCCAUCAAGCCAUUAUGUGUUAAUAGUCACUGAAUGGGAAUGAAAUGGAACCAAUUGUCUGAAAGAAUCAAAGGAGUGAAGUACUGCCCUGGCAUCAGUGGUGGCUAAUGGGGUAGCAUUGCUUUUUUGGCUUCCCAAUGCUGUGCAUCACUGUGAGUUACUAAGAGGUGGAGGGGGGGCAUGGCAGCAGGGUGCUCAGCACAGUGUGGGUGCCAAUCCAUGCACUGUGUCAAGCUCCCUGUUGGCUUUACCUCCUCUCAUGGUAACCAGCAGCUACACUGGAUUUCCAUCACUUGGUGACAGUAGGGCUUCACUCACUGCCUUCAGAUGUGGUUGCUGGAAUGAAAUAGUGUGCAUCUCAUAUUUAAAAAAGCAUUUAGACUGUUUUGUAACUGCUAGUGGACUAGGAAAAUUAUAUUGAACUUAGUGGCAAGCAACAGGAAGGCAAUGACAGGUGACCAUACCAAAAGGGUGCUGGUAUUCUGGCCUUUUGACUACUGGAAUUAGAGUAGCAGGGCUUGGAAAAUGUUGACCAUGUAUCAUUAAGUUUCUUCCUCAACAGUGAGGAUUGGAAAUAUUUGUGCUGGAAAAUGAACACCUUGGAUAAACUGGGUAUGAUGACUGGGAAUAAUGGAAAUCUGCACCCUGGGGGAUUGCACACCACUUACCUACAGUAUACAUUUGAAUGUCAUCUCCACAAAGUUCAUUCUGCAGGCUAUGUAGUGAUAACUCUGGCUAGCUGCUAGUAGGAAGUACUAUUGCAAAGGCAGAUGGCAGCUAAUGCCACCCAUUCUCCUUCCCAGCAGGCAUUCACUCUACAGUAGUUGUUCAUACAUCAUUUAAGAGUAGUGUGGGCAGGAGUCCAGGAUCUACCUAAGGAGUUCAAAUGACAUCUUGCUGAGCAGCCGUCAGUCUAUUUUUGCAGAUGCCCCAUGUUUCCAGUGUGCAUUAGACAGACAGAAAUGCUAGUCUGAGCAUUUCAUUAAUGGUAUUUCCACUACAAUGUCACUUUCUUUUGCUGCUGACGUGGCCUAAUCAGAAGGACCCCUGAGGCAUUUUCCAGCUAGAUUAGCGGAGAAAGAUUUUGGAGCAAUCACUUCCUGGGUUUCCAGUGUAAUUUUAGCAUUGUUACAAACUUGCAUUUGGACCUUAACUUCUCUGAAAAUCACACCCUUAUACUUUUCCAGGAUGUAUGUCAUGAAGGUUCAGAAAGGCUGAUAAUUAGCAUUUGGUGCAUGGCUAAUGUGCCCUUUAACUAGUGAUGAAGCCAAAAAUAGAGCUGCAGUGCACCGUAAAAUGAAGGAAAAGCCUUCAUUAGCAAGCUAGUCUCCACAUUUCCCACUGAGUUUCAAACAAAAAAUAUUUUCCUUUCAGUGGAAAUGGUUCAUCAUAUAAAUUGAUUUCAGUCAGAAUGUAGGCAGUUCUGUUCAGGUUUCUGAGCAUGAAAAACUGCUUUCUGGCUAAAAAUGGAGAGUACAUCCUCGCUACCCAAGAAAUCUAAACAACACUCUUAGAUUUGACACACUGAUUAUACAGUAUUUCAUUUACAUUUGAUUAAAUGGGAUUAAGAAAAGUACAUUCUGAUUGGAUUCAUUUGUUGUUGCUUAGUAGUUUCUCCUGAAGACUGAAAAAUGUUCUUCGUAUUUGGAAUCCACUGACCAAGUUCCCUUGAUGGACUAAAAGGGCCCUAGGAGAUAGAAAAGCAGUGGAAAAGUCAUUCCACUUGAUCCUUAAAGGUAGCUCAGUGACUGAGCACAUGCUUUGCUAAUGGCACCAGAUUCAGUUCCUACAAUCUCCAAUCUUAGGUGCCUGAAAAGAAAUCUGCCUAACAACCUGAUGAUCUGUAGAUUGUUGGGUUACUGUAGAUUGUCAUAUAAAACCAGUAGUAAUUGAAUCUCAUCCGAAAGCUUCAAAUUCUCUUCUAGAAAUGUUAAUAGAGCAACAUCUGUAGUUGAGCAAAUUUGUCCAUGGUGUGAGUAUUUAUAUUCUGGAUGUGAGCAAAGCAGUGUCAGCACAUGUACCAGAUGCCAAACUGAGGGAGGGUUGGGGCUGUUCUUACUGGUGGUGGUAUGUAUGGCUAUUUUAUACUAUUUCUGCUAGGAUCAACAAAUGAAUUACAUUUCUCAAAGUGGGCAUACUACUGGUCUGUCCUUAAUGUAGGCUUCUUUCUCUAAGAAUGUUAUCAUGAGGAGCCCCUCUCUGACUGUGCUAUUUCUCCUUUCCAUUGCAGACAGCGAGUCAUCCAACCAAUGGGGGUCAAUCCAGAUGGCAAUUUAACGUCUCUCAAUGUAACCUCCUUGGAGGAUGCUGUCCAUCAGAUAUCUGAGGAGAGGUUAUCAUCUGACUCUGACUUGGAAUUGGACUGAAAAAACAUUUCCUGUUCCUCAAAAACCUAUGGACCCUCUAUUCUCUCUCUGUAACAGGUGCUGUAUCAGGAGACCAGUCCCAAGAAAAGACUUCCCAUGGGAUGGAUCUCCACCGCCCAGAGUGGUAUAACAUCUGUUUCUUCUCUAGCUCUAUAACACUCCUACCUUAGAGAGCUCUUUACAGCUUAGCUCUUUUGAUCUGUUUUCCCUCUGUGUCCACAAGAUUAUUACACUCCGAUUCCAGGGAUUUUUGAGCAGAAAUUUCAUGGAGGGAAGGGCAAUCUCUUAUUAUAUCAUGGAGGUUUAGUAGCACUUAAGGGUGCUGUGAGUGCACUGCAGAGUUACUUGUAUGGGACUAAAAUGUGAUACACACAGGUGAUAUAUAUGUGUGUGUGCGUGUGCGCGCGUGCAUUGAUACUUGUGCAAAGCACAUAAUGCAGCAACCAUACAGCGUGGUGGUGUUUAAAACACACGGAUACUCUUGGCAAAUGUAAAUGUCUAUUUGCAUACACGACUGGGGCAUAUUAAUAGAAUAUAGAAAUGUGUGAACAAUGAGAAGCCUGCAUUUUUUUUACAUGUGAAAUGCAAGAAAGCAUACUCCUGGAGGCAUAUAAGUGCAAUGUGUGUGGCAAUCAGUCACAUAUUUUGGCAGUUCCUUUAAGACACAUUACAUGUGUAUGGAAACAUGCAGGUAAGGAAACGUGCAUUGUUGAAAUAGUAUGUAUAUGUGUGGUAUGUGUCCAUUAUCUGAGAUAAUGUGCAAAACUCUGAGAUAUCCUUUGCUCACAGCGACAUUAAUGUUUGCGUUUGCUGAUAAUUUGGGGCCAGGAGGCCUCUAAUCCCCACUAUAACCUUGACACCAUGCUCCUCUUUCUACCAUGUUUAGUUUCUGGACUACUCUCACUCUCUGUGCUCUUCAGACAAAAGGCGGUGACCAAUUGCUUAACUGCACUCUAAAUCUGCUUCAGUUCCCCUAUAUCCACAGCACUCUGCAUUCACCCUGUUAUGUACCUUCAUCCUGAUCAUAGGCUUUUCUGUUUAAAAAAAGCAGCCUCCAUCUCCUACUUUGUUUCCAACUUUGCCAACAGUUUCUGAACUUAGCACAAAUAUAAAGAUUUUCACUAGAAUAAAUGAAGCCUUCAGAUAACAAUA